CAUUGAGCGACCAUAGCAGCCGUCGUGGCGGCCGCCUCUCACCCUCCCACGCCCCGCUUUCAAUAACUGACAGCGCACUGCUGAUGCGCUCAGCCGCCACCGCUCCCUGCUUCCUCACACCACCGCUGAGAGCUCGCAUUCUCACCGGGGCUUUCCUGUCAUUAUCACCGCGCAUCUCGCACACCCUGGACUUCAUAAUAAGCCACACAAUAGUACUUUUACCCUCCGUUUCUUAAUGACGGGCGGUCGGUUCGACUUUGACGAUGGUGGCACCUACUGCGGAGGCUGGGAGGACGGCAAAGCCCACGGCCAGGGUGUGUGCACCGGACCCAAGGGCCAGGGCGAGUACUCAGGCUCGUGGUCCAACGGUUUCGAGGUGGUUGGCAUCUACACCUGGCCCAGCGGCAACCUGUACCAGGGCUACUGGGCGCAAGGGAAACGCCACGGACUCGGCGUGGAAACCAAGGGGAGGUGGAUUUACCGGGGGGAGUGGACUCACGGGUUCAAGGGUCGGUACGGAGUCCGGCAGAGCCUGAACACACCGGCCAGGUACGAGGGCACCUGGAGUAACGGACUUCAGGACGGAUAUGGCGUGGAGACAUACGGUGAUGGAGGUACGUACCAGGGUCAGUGGACUGGUGGGAUGCGUCAUGGAUAUGGCGUGCGUCAAAGUGUUCCAUACGGUAUGGCCUCUGUCAUCCGCUCACCUCUACGAACUUCACUGUCUUCCCUCCGCAGUGAGCAGAGUAAUGGUACAGUACUGCGUGACAGCCUAUCUGACAGCCCUGCUGGUACACGAGGUGGCUUUGUACUCAACUUCCACUCAGACGGAGAAGGUUCAGAAAAAAAGAAGGGACUUUUUCGCCGUGGCUCCCUCUUUGGGAGCCUUCAGAGACUACGCAAAUCAGACUCACGCUCAUCGAUUUCCAGUAAACGCAGCUCAGCACACAGUGACACCACCAUGAGCCGCAUCAGUUCAAGCGAUGCCAACUCAACUAUCAGCUAUGGAGAUGGAGACUUGGGUGAUGACUACCUGCCUCUGGAGGACAAUGUGGAUGCCACUACCACUGAGUCUUAUAUGGGAGAGUGGAAAAAUGACAAGCGCAGUGGCUUUGGUGUCUCUGAGCGCUCCAAUGGCAUGAAGUACGAAGGCGAGUGGUUGAACAAUAAGCGUCAUGGCUAUGGCUGCACUGUCUUUCCUGAUGGCACCAAGGAAGAAGGGAAGUACAAGAACAAUAUGCUUGCCCGGGGCAUCAGAAAGCAGCUGAUCCCACUGAAGAACACCAAGACCAAACAGAAGGUGGAUCGAGCUAUGGAGGGAGCAGUGAGAGCAGCAGCUAUUGCCAGAACUAAAGUAGAGAUUGCCAUCUCCAGGACUGCCCAUGCCCGGGCCAAAGCAGAGGCUGCAGACCAGGCUGCACAGUCAGCCAGUCAGGAUUCAGAUAUUGCCAGAGCUGUGGCCAGAGAGCUCUCCCCCAGCUUCCAUCAGCCAGGUCCUGACUACAUACGGCAGAAGUAUACUGAGCCAGUAGAUGUGAAGGAGGGUGCUGAGGAGGAGAAACAGGAGAAAUCACCAUCAGGGAGUCCUCAUUUUUACCGGAAAGGCACAACACCCAACCAGUCUCCAUCUCAGAGCCCAGGUCCCAGCCCCAGUCCUUCACCCACUGUUAUUAAAAAGUCAUUUUUCAGCAGUAAAACUUCUGCCAGCAUUGCUCCAGCAAAGCCUACUGGGACAGAGAACAAAACCCAAACAGCUGGUUCUUUGACAGCAGGCAUAACAAAGGCAGCAUCAAAACUUUCUCUCAGACAGGAAGUGAGGCAACAGGAGGCUCUUCCAGCUGUCAAACCAGCUGUUACCACAACACUCAGCAGUUACCCCAGCAAUGGGCAGAUUCACUCCCAGUACCACGGUUACUAUGUCAAGGCAGAUGUCAAGAUUCCGCCUCCAGAGGAACCAAGUAGUGUGGAGGAUGACCUUCACCCAUCAAGCCUUGCACGCUUGCCGCCACCUGCCAAACAGAUUUGGGCGCCAGCUCUAAAAUCCCUGCCAGCCCCCAACUUUUCACCAGAGAGCACCAAACCACCAGAACCUCUCAAGCCAAAAAAACAGGAAUCAACCAAACCAAAGAGCCUCGCAGAAACCAAGAAAGCUAGUGUGGAAAUACCCCCAGAAAUUGUAGAAGAGGAAUCAGGUCCGAACUCGAUCUUGGUGGCACUAGUGAUGCUGUUGAAUGUAGGUCUAGCUAUCAUUUUUGUCCAUUUCCUCACCUGACCAAAUCUGAACUCAGUGGACUCAUCCAAACUAGUCGCCCAAGUUGCUAACUCUCCAUCACCAAAGAGGCCUUUAAAAAAAUGGUGCCCCUCAGAAUGGCAGACACGGCCAAAAGAAGGACUGAAAAUAGACGAGUGAAGGAAGAGAAGAAGUUGGGGGGGGGUUGG